AUGGUAUGCCUCGUAAGAGACGCCUUGAAUGCUAUAGGUGUGCGCGCCAGUGACAUCUCAAACGCGAUUGUCGUGCUCGAUCACCAGCUCCGAGGAGAAGUACACAACAGAGAUCUCCUCAAACGGAACGUGCAGCAAAAAUUUAAAAACAACCAGUACCUACUUUGGGAGGUGUGCGGGUUGGUAAGAAUAAGGCCCCCAGGGAGAGGUAUCUUAAGAGCUAAAGAUCUAAGGCCUAUGCCCGAAACAAUCAGACUAAAGACCGUGACUGGAGAGUCGACACCAAUCAUGGGUGAAUCAGAAGUAAAAAUCUGCAUUGAUAAUAAAACAGCUGAAGAUAAAACAUCGGGCUCUCGUGGCUAUGGAGAAUGUUUAUGUCUUGGCAAUGAAGAGUUUAUCCUGAAUCAACGCAGUAUUGAAUCCAAGCCUGUAAGAUUGAUCGUGUGUCAGAAUGUGAAAGUUAGAGGAAGUACAGAAACGAUUGUUACAGUCAGAGCAGAAAUCAAACCCGGAUUUGCCCUAGGCAUCAUUCAACCACCGCACACCCCCAAGAAGAAUCUCAUGAUUGCGAGUGCUUUAGUUAAUACCGAUUGUGAUAUACUUGUACGCCUCGCAAAUGUUUUUCCCAAAGCCAUGAACAUCAAGAGUGGGGAUGUUCUUGCCAUCUGUGAACUAGUCACAAAAAUAUUUCAUCACCACGAAGAUCUUUCUGAUAACAAUGAAUUAAAAAUAAAAAGCGACUUAGAAAUUCCUGCCCUAGAGCUUGAUCAUCUAACUGAACAUCAACAGAAAGUCGCAAGAGAAUUUCAACAGAAACACAGUGGAAUGUUUGCAUCUGGACAGUCCUCUGGGCACACAAACAUAGUGCGACAUCGGAUAAACAUUGGAGACGCGCAACCGAUUUGUCAAGCCCCGCGAAGACUUCAUUUGGCAAAACAAGAGGAAACCGAGCAACUGAUACGAAAAAUGUUGGACGAAAGCGUUAUAGAGCAGUCAAACAGUCCAUGGUCUUCGCCUGUAGUGCUAAUCACCAAAAGGGACGGGUUGACGCGGUUCUGCGUAGACUACAGGAAACUAAACGAUGUAACCAAGAAGGACAGUUAUCCGCUUUCACUCACAACAUUAUCAGGAUCCACCUGCCGGGAGCGGCUUGUAUCAAUUUACCGUAAUGCCUUUUGGCCUGUGUAA